GUAUAAUAGAGUAUGUGAUUUUCUUCUCAAUUAGAUUUUUCUGGGUGUCUCUCUCAUGCAUGUCCUGUCCCUAACUGACACACGAGAGAGGAAAGAGGGACACACAGAGACCACCUACCACACUAGAACUGUAGAACAGUACUGGUUGUUCCAUAUCAAGUCAAAGGAAAGCACAUUUCUUUUCAUUGCAAACCUGAGGUUUUGAGGUCUAACAUAGAGUUUACCUCAGGCUUUUGGUAAGCAUUAAUGAUCCCUGGCUUGAGGAACAGUUACAUGAAGAUUCUCCAUCUGGGUCUCAAAAAUGGCAGCUUUGCAAAAUCCCCAAGUUGUUGUUCUUGAUGUGGAUCCUGAGGAACAAGAAAACCAGGAGAGGAAGCAGAGGAGCUCUUCUUCAAGUGAUGAAUCUGGCAUUGAGAUCAAGCAAACGGGAUCAUCUGUGUCAGAGAGCUCUGUGGAGGUGGAUCUGGAAAGUGGGGUGCAGGAGACAAUGGUAAAUUUGGAAGAAAUUGAGAGGGAUUGUAGGAUUUGCCAUCUAAGCUUGGAUACAACUAAUCAAGAAUCUGGUGUCCCCAUAGAGUUAGGUUGCUCUUGCAAGGAUGAUUUGGCUGCUGCACACAAGCAUUGUGCUGAGGCCUGGUUCAAAAUCAAGGGAAACAAAACCUGCGAGAUCUGUGGAUCAAUUGCACGCAACAUUGCUUAUAUAAAUGAGGGUGACUUGACAGAGCAGCGCAAUGAGGCAAAUGAUUCCACCAUAUCAGCGCAAGCGGCAGCCAUGGUGCUCCCUACAGAAACCCGAAGCUUUUGGCAGGGCAAUCGGUUCCUGAAUUUCCUCCUAGCUUGUAUGGUUUUAGCCUUUGUCAUCUCUUGGCUCUUUCACUUUAAUGUUCCCUCUUGAAUGUGGCCUUUUCAUCGGAUAUCUGACGAUUGGGAACCAUACAAGCCCCUCAAUUCUUAGCAUUAGAUGUACAUUCUUUCUACCACCAUGUUUCCUUGCUCGCUAUUGGAUUGAAGUACUACUUAUUUCCCAAUGUUCAUGCUGUACAUAUCAGUAUCAAAUGUUGAACGUCUUCUAUAUUUCGCGUCGCGCGAAUGUUGGAUGUAUUCCUCGCGACCUGGAAUGGUAUCGUUACUGUUUGUAACUUUUAUAUGCUUUGCCAUAGUGCAGCUUUCUC